AUUGACGCGAUUCGUCGUCAGUCCCUCUGCUUUCACGCCCUUUGUGGCCUCCCUGCGUCCGCGAAAUCCCUCUCUGUGGUAUCGCAACCGUGGUCGAUCGAUUCCUGCAAGCCACCCAUAUCCUCUCUGCUCUGCAAGCCGGAUUCGGAAGCAGUAUUUGGGUGGAGGUCCACAUUCAGGCGGCCUUAUUUGAGCUCUGCCUUGGAUCAGGUUGGCGGAGCGAGGUCGGAGCUUCGGUGGUUGGGUGCAGGUUGUCGCUGCCCCGUGAGUGGAGAUGGCGGCCUCUCUGUUAUCCAGAAAGACUAUGUGCGUGGGAACGGAGGCGUGCGUCGUCGCUAAGAGGAUUGUGGGUGCAAGAACGUGCAAUGCGGUGUCGUUGGGGUCGUCUUUCAAUGUGACGACGAAGGUGAGAAGACUCGGGUUGGGUGGGUUGGAGCCGGCGCGUCGUCUGCCGGAGCGGAGGGGCGGAGUGGUGCGGAAUGUGGCAGCGCCGCCGACGUUGGUGCCAGAGCCGGAGACGCCUGAGGUAGCAGAGGAGGAGCAAGAAUUCAACCCGGCAAGGAAACCCCCCUUCACAUUGAGCGACAUCCGGGCUGCCAUUCCGAAGCAUUGCUGGGAAAAGAACACGUGGAAGUCGAUGAGCUACGUUGCGCGCGAUGUAGCGAUUGUGUUUGCUUUGGCGGCUGGCGCUGCAGCUUUGAACAGCUGGUUUGUUUGGCCGUUGUACUGGCUGGCACAAGGAACCAUGUUCUGGGCUCUCUUCGUGCUGGGUCACGACUGUGGUCAUGGCAGCUUCUCCAACAACAAGGUGCUGAACAGUCUGAUCGGUCACCUAACGCACUCGUCCAUUCUUGUUCCAUACCAUGGGUGGCGCAUUAGCCACAGGACUCACCACCAGAACCACGGGCACGUGGAGAACGACGAGUCAUGGCAUCCUCUGACGAAAAGCCAGUAUGACAAUAUGGACUUUUGGGCGAAGGUUGGGCGAUUGAAAUUCCCCUGGGCAAUGUUUGCGUAUCCAUUCUACCUGUGGACAAGGAGUCCCGGAAAGAAUGGAUCGCACUACAACCCUAAAAGUGACCUAUUCGUGCCGAGCGAGGCGAAGGAUGUGAUCACGUCCACCACAUGCUGGACAGCAAUGCUUGCAGGUCUUGUGGCUCUGAGCUUUGCCGUCGGACCCAUGUGGGUGUUGAAACUGUACGUGGUGCCGUACUGGGUGAACGUGGUGUGGCUAGAUGCUGUGACAUACUUGCACCACCACGGAUACGACAAGAAGGUGCCGUGGUACCGUGGAACGGAGUGGAACUACAUGCGUGGGGGGCUGUGUACAAUUGACAGGGAUUAUGGAAUCUUUAACAACAUCCAUCACGACAUUGGUACCCAUGUGGUGCACCACUUGUUUCCUCAGAUUCCUCACUACCAUCUGAUCGAAGCGACUGAAGCGGUCAAGCCUGUGUUGGGAGAGUACUACAGAGAACCAAAGAAGUCAGGACCACUUCCAUUGCAUUUAAUGGAACCUCUUCUGAAGAGUUUGAAGGAGGAUCACUACGUUGCCGAUACGGGCGAUAUUGUUCACUACCAGACAGAUCCCAACUUCUAAGAAAUUGUAAUAUUUAGCCGAGGUCUUCCCGGAAGAAAGGCGGGUUGAAGGAUCAAAUCAAGCUCUAACGGUGUAUAUGCGAGACGAAACCGGAAUUGGUAAUGUUGAUGCAAAUAGGUCAAGAACCUUCACUACUCACUUUGUCAUUUUAUUAAACCAUUGGAUCAUUUUUGUGCGUAAAUCCUGUAGUGGUUUGAGGGUGGCUGGUUCAUCCAAGGAGGAAGUUUUUUUUUUUUUUUUUUUUUUUUUUUUUUCCUUUCAUGGGUUCAGUAUCCAAAAACUGUUGGAGCUCUCAUUCUUUAUCCUGAUGGGAAACAUUGAUAACUCCGUGUACUAAAUUUUUAGUGUAAAACAGCAGUGACUCUUACACUUUCCAAAACAACUCUCAUUAAUAUUAGAAGCUGGGAAAGUUGCGAUGACUGCAAAUGUGCCAAAAAGGCCAGUAACAAAGCCUCUUAUCAAUCGAAAAGGACCAGAUUUUUCACACAA